UGAAUGCUUUGGAUUUCGAUUGUGGCGAACUGCUAAUGUGAGAACGGAAUGGCACAUCCACCUGAUCAUCACAACAGCGGGAAGACGAACAUGACAGGGAAUCCUUGCACCUCCAAAGGACGCAGAAAUUGUCAGAGAGGAAAUCUACACUCUUUCCGACGUCCGCAGGUGAACGAGGCCGAAGCUGGGACCUCAGUCCAGGGUUGUACUUCAACUAUCCUGCUUCAACUGUCCUUCAACUGUCCUGCGACCACCAGAAUGAAGCUCUCUUUCAUGCUUUUUACCCUUGGUCUUCUUCUGACCACGACAACUGAUUACGCUGCCGGGAACAUUGCAGCCAAUGCGGAAUGCAAGCAAUUUGUUGCUAGAAAUCUCUUCAUGGACGACUGUGCAGUGUGUGUCCGGAAAAUAAAAGGGAAAACAACGAGUGCAAAAACGAUGCUGAUUCAUGUGGAGAUCCUGGAAUGGACUGCCGUUGCAUCUACUAUUAUGGGACGCAAGAAUUUGGGUGCGAAUAGCACAAACGGUGUUGCGCGUGCGUAAGAAGCACACUGCGAUAUACUACACUGCAAAUGAAGAUAAAAAGUACUGUGCAACAAUAAAGAAAAAAAUUCUGAUACAGGGCAAGAAGCAAUA